GAGGGCACCCGCCGGGGGGGGCGCCCGCCGAGCGGCUGCUCCGCGACGGGGCCGCAGCCGCGCCGCUGGCCCCUGCGGCUCUCCAGGGGGCCGCCCACGUCGACAACUUCCUGGCCCUGGGCGGGCCUCGAAAGGCCGUCGCCCCCACGGGGCGGCAGGCGGCCAGCGCUUUCACCGCAUCCGGCUUCGUCGCCCACGAGAAGACCGGCGCCUCGUCGAAGGCGCAGUUCGCGGGCCUCGAGCUCAACGGCGUCAGCCGCGCUUUGCGGAUCUCGCGGAGGCGAGCGCGGCGCCUGAAAGCCGCUUUAGCGGAGCUGCUCUCUCAGGGGCGCUGCAGCGGAGACGUCAUGGAGAUCCUGAUUGGCCACCUGGCGUGGGUCGUGCUGCUCCAGCGGAGCGCGCUCUCCGCGCUGCCUGAGUUAACGACCGCCAUGGGGCUGCCCCCGCUGCUCGCCGCAAACGCUGACGCCGUCUGGCACGACGUCGCGGCGGCCGGCGACGCCCCCCACUGGGGCCGCGGCGCGCUCCGCCGGCAUUGCCUUGCCUCGGAGGCUGCCGCCUGUGGCCGAGUGGUGGAGCAGUGGCGGUGUCGCGCAGCCGGGGCGGCCAACGCGCGCGGCCGCGCCUUUCUGGCUGAGGGCGCGGCGUCGGACGCCCGCGCGGGCUCGGGCACCUUGCCCGACUCGGCCGCCCAGGACGAGCAGCUGGGUUUCACCGCCGGGCCGCUGCAGGCGCACGCGGAGGUGGGCUCGUUCGACCCAGUGGGCGGCUUCAUGCACCCCGACCGCUGGCAG